GGAGAAAGUGUUCGGUUAGAGAGCGAGAGUCCGAGUAUAAGACGCGGUCGCGGACCGAGAAAAUCAGUUUAUCGCGGGUGCAACUGGAGACAACGGUCAGGAUGAAGACGCAAUUCAUCCUGAUAGCUUGCUUGGCAAUAGCGAGGCAAAUAUUUGGUACUCAAGUGUACGAGACGCCGAGUGACUCUUCGGAACAACAAUGGCAGCCGUGGAAAACCCAAGACUCGAUCCAAGCGUCGAACGGAGAAGAAGACAAGUAUCGUCCCGUCACGUUCGAUGCCUCUGCAUCGCAACAAAAAGAGUCGCAACAAUCGUUUUAUAAUGCGAAUAUUCAAUCGGGCGCCAGCGGAGUGGCCGACGUCGUUGGCAAGCAACCGAUUGAUUCUGUGAUCGACAAUAUUCUCGUGUCUAAUCGGCAAGGUCGCAAUCUCGAGGGGUACGAUGAAGUCUAUUCCGAUCCUAACGUACAAAAUGCUUUGCAGCUUGGUAAUGAUACGAUCGCACGUACUUACAUCAGGGACAAACUCUGCUCCCUCGGUUUGAUGAACUGCGAAGACAUGGAAGGACGACGUCCUUACUAUUCUCCUCACCGCGACAUUCAUCCGCUCGACGUUAUCUACGCUCAACCGGUGACCAUCAAGCCGGUAGGCCGUCCACUUCCGGCCAUACCUGUAAAGCGGCCCUACGGUCCAGCGAAACCCGUGCCAUUACCUCCGAGUUUCGGAGGUUCCCCGUUGGGGCCCAACAUUUAUCCUGGACUCGGACCGACGUUCGGUAGACCUCCGCCUAGCUUCGUCGGGCCCUAUCCCGGCUACAAGAAACCCGGCCUUCCUCCUCCGUUCGUAUCCAAACCCGUAUACGACCCAGGCGUCAUCGAACCCGAUUUCGAGGACAAGUUUAUCGACAAGAAACAGGUGGUUUUGCAUCAACCGAGUGCCUCGGGCGUUCAACAACACGUUCAUCAUCAUUACCAUCACGGAGAGGGUGCCGGCAUCGCGCCCAAUCCCGUAGUCGGGUCAUCUCCCACGUUCGGUGGUCUCGGCAGUUAUGGUUACGGAAACGGCGGUACUUACGGCGCCACGAUCAACGAUUUCGAGGAUUACAAAAAAGCGUUCAAGAUCAAAGCGCCCGCGAGCAACGGCGGCCCGUCGAUUUCUUCCUCGAAAGGCUAUGCCAAUCGUUAUCCCACUUACGAGAAGCCGAACGGCAAACAGUUCGCUUCCGGUGGACAACUCGGCGGCAAUAAUCAAUUCCUCGGGAACGGUGGUUACGACGGCGAUUAUCCGUUCAAUAACGGCGCUGACAGUAGUUUCGGUUCCACGUCUUACGAGGAUUGCGUAUGCGUGCCGUACGAUCAAUGCGCGACGAUCAAUCACGUGGGCCGCAAGGACGAUCUCUACUUGGCUAUCGAUCCGCGCAAUCUCGACAAGGACAUCGAGGCUGAAACUGUCGAGGUGGUGAUCACCGACGGAAACGGCACAAUGAACGUCGUGAGGGUGCCCAAGGGAGUGAACGAGACCGAGCAGAUCGAGCAGACGAAAAACGAACGAACGGAGGAAGAAGAGGCUGGGAAAGCGGAAGUUACGAAGCGAAACCGCAGGGAUGUCAAGCACGUUACCAAGAAGGACGACAAGCAGGAGAUACAAGAAAGACGAUACGGACGUCCGCCAGCUUGCGGUGCUCAUCACGUCUGCUGCCAGAAAUCGCACAUAAUAGGGGCACGCCCGCGACCCGGUCAAUGCGGAGUUAGGAACACGCAGGGCAUCAAUGGCCGUAUCAAGACCCCGGUCUACGUCGACGGUGACUCUGAAUUCGGUGAAUACCCGUGGCAAGUGGCUAUUCUGAAGAAGGACACCACGGAAAGCGUCUACGUUUGCGGAGGUACCUUGAUCUCGCCCCGACACAUCAUCACCGCCGCUCAUUGCGUCAAGACCCAUGCCGGUCGUGAUCUUCGCGCACGAUUAGGCGAAUGGGACGUGAAUCACGACGUCGAGUUCUAUCCCUACAUCGAGCGCGACAUUGUGAGCGUCUUCGUGCACCCCGAGUUCUAUGCCGGCACUCUUGCCAACGACAUUGCCAUUCUGAAGCUGGAUCACGACGUCGAUUUCGAAAAGAACCCUCACAUCAGCGCCGCCUGUUUGCCGGAUAAACACGAUGACUUCACCGGAACAAGAUGCUGGACCACCGGAUGGGGCAAGGACGCCUUCGGCGAUUACGGCAAGUAUCAGAACAUCCUAAAGGAAGUGGACGUACCUGUCGUCAGCAACUACGUUUGCGAGCAGCAGAUGAGGCGGACGCGGCUGGGACCUACCUUCAAUCUCCAUCCGGGCUUCAUCUGCGCCGGCGGCGAGGAGGGCAAGGACGCCUGCAAGGGUGACGGCGGCGGCCCGAUGGUCUGCGAGCGUCACGGCCACUGGCAGUUGACCGGCAUCGUCUCCUGGGGCAUCGGGUGCGGUCAGCCGAACGUGCCCGGCGUCUACGCUCGCGUCUCUCACUACCUCGACUGGAUCCGUCAGAUUGAAAUCCGCGGGGAGUCCCGAGGUGGUGAUCCAGGUCGACGAUCGUUCGCCGGUCAGCCACGCACGAUGCCUAUAAAGUUAAUCGGUCGUACGACGGAUUUCAAGGGAAAGCCCUUGUGGGAGAUCCUGGGAAACCUGAAGAACUUCGGCGUCGGCAGACUCGUGAUAAGGAAUCGCUUUCAGAGGUAUCCCGAGCCCUGUUACAUGAAGAUACUGAAGGUCGCCGGGAUGCCCAUGCCUGAGGAACCCUACACGGAUCGCAAGGUCAUGGUGCUGGUCGAGAGAGUCUUCCGCGGCCAGAAGAACCCGAAGCCGGUGCAGUUGGACAGCGCGACUUACAAGGCGGACUACAUGCUGAUACCUAAAGAUCAGGAGCACCUCUACCUCAAUAACACAAAGGUGCCGGAGAUGAGAAUCCUUCCUAAGAUGACAGACCUUCCGCCGCUGUUCUCGCAGCUGGUAAUACGCCAGAUGAAGGCGAAAGGCGUCGUGGCACCCGCGGAGCCGAAAUUAAACCUACGAUAUAACUUUUACGGAAGGAGCGUUAAGAAUUACAGACUAGUCGAGGAGGGUGAAACCCCGACGGUGGAACUGAACUUUAGGGUGGACGAGUCUAGCGUUCUUUUCCCAAAGCCAGAGAAGACAGCAGCCUCGUGAGGUUUUACAUAUUUAAUGUUCGUAUGUAGUUGUUAAGAAUAAACACUUUAUAAAUUAUU